CAUAAGUUGCGCCAUGCUCCCAUUCAACGGCACCAUUCCCCUCUCAGUUGCCUUUGUUCGCCCUGAAGACUACUUCAUUUUUCUGUUUCAUAUUGUUUUUGCUACUAGUGCGGUCCUCCUCGCGGGCUCAGUAGUAGUUGGAAUCUUGAGCACGAAGAGUCUUCGACGACAGAACAGAUUUAUUUUUAUGCUCAACACCAGCAUUUGCGACACUCUGAUCGGGUUCUCCGUUUAUUAUCUCGGUCUGUUCGAUGUGCAGGAAGGAUUCCCCUCAAGGAACGGUACAUACUACAUUCUACCUUCACUUCUUGGAGUAAAUAUCCUUACGUUUCUGUUUGCACAGAUUGACCGCUAUUUCGCGAUUUGUCACCCGUUCUUUUACUGUCGAUUUGUUACACGACCGGUUAUCAUCGCAAUUUGUGUGUUUUGCUGGUUUGUCACUUAUCUCACAAACGCGCUGCAAAACACUGUCCCCGUUUCAAAAGCUGCACAAAUAGGCGCAAUUAGCAUUAUGGCGUUACAGGCUGUAGUCAUCACUAAAAUUUUAAUGACUAUAAAGUUGUAUGUAAUUGCUAGAUAUCAGCUUGCACGAGACCCGCCGAGCGCCGAGAAGGAGAACAAGAAGGAGUCACUGAGAAUCGUAAUAUUCGUAGUCGUGUGUUUCUUAACGUUGUGGGGUCCCUCCUUCGUCAAUAUUAUUGUGAAGCAGACGACAUUUAAAGGCUUAUGGUUCAGGAACGAAGGAACUAACCUCUUUGCCAUUAUGGCGCGAUUUAACGCGCUUAGCACGCCUUCUGUGUACGUCUGGGGAAGCCCCGCGCUGCGCGAGGCUUUGAAGAACACCGUCUGGGGGAGAGUGUGUCCAAAGCGGAAAAGAAGAAUCAGUUGUGAUCACGGAUGCAGGAGCGAUCGUCGGCAGAAAAUACCAAGUAUAUCGAGAGGGAAAAUACCAUGAAAAUCUGGAUGAAACAGCAGCCCUACCAAGUCGGCCUUUGAACCAAUACCAUAUGAGCUAUGUGAACUUUUUAAAGUAGCAAUAUUCGGGUUUUUCCAUUAAUGAAAUAGUACGAUGGCCUGCAUUUAUAUUAGCGCAUUUUUUCAGCAAAUACUGCACAAAGCGCUUAAUAGUGAAUGCCUCUCAUUCUGCCAGCCAUUCCGCUCACACCAAUGACGAAGAGCAGCCAUGCAAGGCGCCAACCAGCUCGUGGGGAGCAACCGGCAUUAGGUUGGGUGUCUUGCUCAAGGACAAGUCAACACACCCAAAAGGCGGGGAUAGACUACCGCCUAAUGUAAAAGCUUAAGUACCGCGAAAUGCAUGCUUACACGCACCUGUAUAUUUGUCGUCUCGUGAAAAGUGUUAAGGUCGUGAUACACAAUGGCAUGGGGACGGAAACGGUAACCGAAAACAACCAAUAAACGUGACAUUUAAAAAGUGACAUGGCUGAGUCUGGGGAGGCUGUAGACUAGAGGAGCAGCGGUGUUUUGGAGGAGCUGCAGGGGUUCAUACAUUAAUGAGUCAAAAGUCAAAACUCAAAAAUCUAUAUUCAUAUAUGCAUAGUUUCAUAGAAAUGUAUUCAGACCACAAGGUUAAAAUGUUUGAAACCUCCAAAAUUAGUGGCGACUAUGCUGUCACCCGUUCAGAUGCCUUGAAACAAAUAAUUCAGUCUUUCAAAAACUCCCAAAAACUCUGCUUGCCAAUUUGAUAGUUUGCUUUGCAGCAGUAACUUCAGUGUAGAUAGUUAUUGAGCUAAGGGUGAAUUCCCACCAUGUGAGAGUCUUCUGUGUGUGGGAAAGACCCCCAGCAUUGUGCUGAAUAAAAACACAUCUCGCGCUGCUGAAAGAGUGAUACUGAAGCUAAAGAGACGGAUGUGCACCUCUGUACACCCUGCUGUAGCGCUGCUCAACCGUUUCCCAUCUCCUCAACAGAUACGCAGAAAACAACCCUAACAAAACUAACCCUAACCCUGGCCCACCAGUCCGUGCUCCUCAGUGGAAUUACUGCAUAAUGUUUGUUAAAAUUGUGUAAAUUUCUGAAAUUGUAAAACUGCCUUUCUGCAUGCCUGUCUGCUUGUCAAAUUCUUGUAAUGGUGCAUGUCUAUGUUUGUUUGUUCUUUUGUAUUGUUGAAACUCUGUUUAAUUCUAAAUACCAAUAUGAAUAAAUUCGUUUAAAAAACUGUUAUUGAUUGAAAUGCCCUGUAAAAUACAAUGAAAAUGGAUGUA